UUUGGCAAGAGACAUAUGGAACUCAUUAUGAACAAAGGCCAAUUGUUUUAAUAUUUAGAGUUUCCCACAUCAAGCUGCAGUUUUGGGUUUUUUUUUCUUUGACUGCUUUUAAUGCAUGUACAUAUGCUCAGCAGAUAGAGUUUCUCUUUUUUUUUAUUUGAAAUGGUUGCUUUAAUGUCAUGUCCCUAACACCUUCAUCCCAGCUUUUGGACUUGGAUCAAAACAAACUAUUUUUAGUUUUGCAUUAAAAUGAGAACAAUACAUGGAGGAAAGGAUUGGCUCUCCCAACUCAGCAGAUUUUUGCUCUCCCAGCUAGACUGCUUCAAGGAAAAGGACAUGGGCCAACAUCUUUUCCAUUUUACUGGGCAAAUUCAGAGUACCACUAAGGAAUUGCUGGGUUGAGAAGCUCCCACUUUGCCCACAAUAACUCUAAACAGCAUGUGAACCAAUACCUCUAACAGAGUAUGGAAAUGAACACAACACCCAAAACACUUUCCUAUAAAAGCACAGCAUCAUACCUGGCUGCUUUAGGACAACUCCUGGUCUUAUAGAAAAUCUGUGGGAAGGGGAAGUAUUUCUCCCCUUUCCAAAGCAUGUGUGUACAAUUUAGAGGGUAAAUAAAGUUUCAAAGUUUUCUAGCCUCUAAAGUGGUUUUAUAAGAGAAAAAGAAAGAAGUAGACAUUGAGAGUGACUUUGUGAAAGUAACACUUCACAAUCACAGGCUGCAACAUGAUUAUUUUUGUGAAUGAGUACACACAGAAGCUGCAGGCAUCACCCAUCAGGCUGCCAGUGACGUAGAUGUGAGUGGUACUGCCUGUUCUCUGUCCCCAUGCAUGUGCUGCUCUGUGCCACACAGAGCCUGGAUCUGUGAGCCCUCAGUUCAUCUGAGCAGCCCAGAGGAGCUGCCUGAGCCCUCUGCUCUGGCUCUGUGCUUUCCAGGAUCUAGGAGGGAGGACUGUCUGAACCCAGGAAUUAACAGUAAUCUCUGCACCAGAUGGUGAUACACCAGAUAUUCUUUUUAAGGUGAACAUGUGAUCUACUGUACAGCAAACCAGAGGGGUCUGCAGUCACAUGGCAAAACGUACAAUAACUCAGAUAGAGCUUUGAUUAGACAACUGACCUGGUUACCAUCUGUAGCAACAAGAAGCGGGCUUGACGUUUUUGGAACAUUCUCCCCAGAAGCUUAAUUCUUCCACCUCUAUGGCACAGCAAUCCUGCUGAGCAAACCACACUGAGAAACAGAAGGAAGCUAAAGAUAUGCUGCUUGAAGCAUGUUGUUAAGGUUACAAGGCUUGGGGUUUCCUUUUUUUUAUUUUUUUUUCCCAUUUCCCCCUCCUUCUUUCAAACAAGCCGCGUCUUGACUCACAUGGUCUGAUGUGAAAACCCACUCAGCUAUUUGAUAGUUGGGAAAUCUAGAUGAGACUGUAAGUUAUUUCGAGGGAAGGCUGCGUGUGCUGUGAACUCUCUCUCUCUCACACACACACACACGAGUUAGCUCUGCACUAUGGUAGUACAGACAGCUGUGACUCCGGGUAGGACCCGAAGACUUUUAUUCAAAAUACCAUAUGGAUCACUGAGGAGACGCAGUGUGGAAAGGAUGACAGAGGGUCGCAGAUGCCAAGUGCACCUCCUUGACGACAGGAAGCUGGAGCUCCUUGUUCAGCCAAAGCUUUUGGCCAAGGAGCUGCUUGACUUGGUGGCAUCUCAUUUCAACCUGAAGGAGAAGGAGUACUUUGGAAUUGCAUUCACAGAUGAAACGGGACACUUGAACUGGCUUCAGCUGGACCGCCGGGUGCUGGAACAUGACUUCCCCAAAAAAUCAGGACCAGUUGUUUUGUACUUUUGUGUCAGGUUCUACAUUGAAAGCAUCUCCUAUCUGAAGGACAAUGCCACCAUCGAGCUGUUCUUCUUGAACGCCAAGUCCUGCAUCUACAAGGAACUCAUUGAGGUUGACAGUGAAGUGGUGUUUGAACUGGCUGCAUACAUCUUGCAGGAGGCAAAGGGAGAUUUUUCAAGCAAUGAAGUUGUAAGGAAUGAAUUAAAGAAGCUGCCAGCCCUUCCAACACCAGCGCUGAAGGAGCAUCCUUCCCUCGCUUACUGUGAGGAUCGAGUCAUUGAACAUUACAAGAAACUAAAUGGUCAGACAAGAGGUCAAGCAAUUGUAAACUACAUGAGCAUUGUAGAGUCCCUCCCAACAUACGGAGUGCAUUAUUACGCAGUAAAGGACAAGCAGGGAAUUCCAUGGUGGUUAGGACUUAGCUACAAGGGGAUUUUUCAAUAUGACUACCAUGACAAAGUGAAACCAAGAAAGAUCUUCCAAUGGAGGCAGCUGGAGAACCUCUAUUUCCGCGAGAAGAAGUUCUCGGUGGAGGUGCACGAUCCGCGCAGGGCUUCUGUGACCAGGAGGACUUUUGGGCAUAGUGGCAUUGCUGUGCAUACGUGGUACGCCUGUCCAGCAUUAAUAAAGUCUAUCUGGGCUAUGGCCAUUAGUCAACAUCAGUUCUACCUGGACAGGAAGCAGAGCAAGUCCAAGAUUCAUGCUGCAAGAAGCCUGAGUGAGAUUGCAAUUGACCUGACUGAAACUGGAACCCUCAAGACCUCAAAGCUGGCCAACAUGGGGAGUAAAGGCAAAAUUAUCAGUGGAAGCAGCGGGAGUCUUCUGUCAUCAGGUUCCCAAGAGUCAGACAGUUCUCAGUCUGCCAAGAAAGACAUGCUGGCUGCACUGAAGUCCAGGCAAGAAGCUUUGGAAGAGACGCUGCGCCAGCGCUUGGAGGAGCUAAAGAAGCUGUGCCUGCGGGAAGCGGAGCUCACAGGAAAGCUGCCACGAGAAUACCCCCUGGAUCCUGGGGAGGAGCCACCUAUUGUAAGGAGAAGAAUAGGAACUGCCUUUAAACUGGAUGAGCAGAAAAUCCUGCCUAAGGGAGAGGAGGCAGAGCUGGAGCGCCUGGAGAGGGAAUUUGCCAUUCAGUCCCAGAUCACGGAGGCUGCGCGGCGCCUGGCCAGCGACCCGAACGUCAGCAAGAAGCUGAAGAAGCAGAGGAAGACAUCCUACCUGAAUGCCCUGAAGAAACUGCAGGAGAUCGAGAACGCCAUCAACGAGUACCGCAUCAAAUCUGGGAAGAAGCCGACGCAGAGAGCCUCCCUGAUCAUAGAUGAAGGAAACAUUGCCAGUGAAGACAGCUCCCUCUCAGAUGCCCUUGUUCUCGAGGAUGAGGACUCUCAGGUCACCAGCACAAUCUCCCCUCUGCAGUCCCCACACAAAGGGCUCCCGCCGCGGCCGCCGCUGCACAACCGGCCGCCGCCGCCGCAGUCGCUGGAGGGCCUCCGCCAGAUGCACUUCCACCGCAACGACUACGACAAGUCCCCCAUCAAACCCAAGAUGUGGAGCGAGUCAUCCCUGGAUGAGCCCUAUGAGAAGGUCAAGAAGCGCUCCUCGCACAGCCAUUCCAGCAGUCACAAGCGGUUCCCCAGCACCGGGAGCUGUGCUGAGGCGGGAGGCAGCAGCUCGCUGCAGAACAGCCCCAUCCGGAGCCUUCCCCACUGGAAUUCCCAGUCCAGCAUGCCGUCGACGCCGGAUCUACGGGUACGCAGCCCGCACUACGUCCACUCCACGCGGUCAGUAGAUAUCAGCCCAACCAGACUGCACAGCUUAGCUCAGCACUUUAGACACCGGAGCUCCAGUUUGGAGUCACAAGGAAAGCUCCUCGGCUCAGAAAAUGAGACAGGGAGCCCUGAUUUCUACACCCCAAGGACUCGUAGCAGUAACGGCUCUGACCCCAUGGACGACUGCUCUUCCUGCACCAGCCAUUCCAGCUCGGAGCACUACUACCCUGCUCAGAUGAACCCCAACUACUCCACCCUGGCAGAGGAUUCCCCGUCGAAAGCCAGAGAACGGCAGAGGCAAAGGCACAAAUCAGCAGGCAACCUGGUCUCUUCCAAUUCAGGGAGCAUGCCCAACCUGGCUGCGAGGAACGGGACGGGACACCACCGUGUCUACCUGCACAGCCAGAGCCAACCCUCCUCCCAGUACAGGAUCAAAGAAUAUCCCCUGUACAUCGAGGGCAGCUCCACACCCGUGGUGGUGCGGAGCCUGGAGAACGACCAGGAGGGACACUACAGCGUGAAAGCACAAUUCAAAACCUCCAACUCCUACACGGCGGGGGGAAUGUUUAAGGAGAACUGGCACGGGGAUGAAGUGGACUCUGUCAGGCUCACCCCAUCCCGCUCCCAGAUCAUAAGGACUCCAUCUCUGGGCAGGGAGGGCCAUGAGAAGGGCUCGGGUAGGACUGCAGUGUCGGAUGAGCUGCGGCUCUGGUACCAGCGGUCCACGGCCUCCCACAAGGAGCACAGCCGCCUCUCGCACACGAGCUCCACCUCCUCGGACAGCAGCUCCCAGUACAGCACAUCUUCUCAAAGCACCUUUGUGGCACACAGCCGGGUCACGAGAAUGCCUCAGAUGUGUAAAGCAACAUCAGCUGCCUUACCUCACAGCCAGAGGAGUUCCACGCCGUCGAGCGAGCUCGCAGCCACGCCACCGGGCAGCCCCCACCACAUCCUCACGUGGCAGACUGGAGAAGCAACAGACAACUCACCCACUAUGGAUGAGUCUCAGUCUCCAACCCACCAAAGUACUGAUGAAUAGAGGAACUACACUGAUAGCUGUUUCCUGGAUUCUCCCCUCUAUCCAGAAUUAGCAGAUGUCCAGUGGUAUGGGCAGGAAAAAGCCAAGCCUGGAACUCUAGUGUGAACCCCUGACCUCAAGUUAAUCACAUCAAUGCCAUUCUGAGAUCACCUCACUGCCUCUCAUUUGCCUUACCCAGAUGCACUGUCACCCAGCACCAGCUUCAACUCUAAGCACUUUUCUCACGAUGCAAUUCAAGACAACAUUUAUGGAACACUGGCCCUGAGCCAGCCACCCCGGCAGCGGCGGAGCGCAGCACAUCCCGCUGCCCGACGGUGCCCGUCCCUCCCACGGCCACGGGGCAGACAGGAGCAGCCCUCUGAAGAGUCAGUUUCAAAACUGGGUUUCCUUUCCUUUCCUUUCAAGGCUCGUAUCAAAGAUUAGUGUUCCACAGCACGUAACAGCAGCAAGAGUUCCAUGACCUGCAAGCUGAAGCCAACAGCAUUCGUUUGAAGGGGGUGGGAAUAGGACAGAGGCUGAGAAAUGGAGACCAUGUUCCUGAAAGUGCAUCUGUUCUGAAACAGCAAAUCCCAUCACUUCAGAGAUGUGUCAGUCUCACAAUCAGGUCAGCACUGCCAAAGAUCUCUGCACCACUACUGGCAGGAUGAGUUACUCAGCAAGUUGCUACAAGAACAUCUCCCUUCUUUAACUCGGUGGCAGACACGACCACCCCCUGCAAAAUGGCAUUUCCUUCUUCAUUUGGAGUCCACCCACGCGCAAGCAAAACACCCCCUGUGCUGCAGACACACCCGGGGUCUGGGCUGGUAUCACAGCAUCGCUGUCUGCAAGCCACUCUUGAACUGGACAGACAAGGUUUACAAAGGCAUUACCUAAAGCAGAGGCAAGUACUGCACUCAGCAUCUCUGUGGCUGGCACAGAGUGCCCACCAAUACAUGGAGAGGUUGGGAGUGUAUUGGUUGUUUUGAUACAGAUAAAAAUUGCCAAAAAAACCUUUCCACGAGCAGACACGGCCAAUAAAUUGGAACCUGACAUGAAAUCCAAGGGAAAGCACAUCGCGAUCGACCUGACCCGGCCAAGCUGCGUUCACGCGUUGGUUCCACUCCUCUUCCCUUCGUUAGCACCAGUGUAGCAAAGGGCUCGUCACCCGUGUGCUGCCGUGUGGGAGAACUGCUCUGUCAGGAAGCGGGAGGGCUCCUGGAGCGGGGCUGGACAGCCAGCAGACAGCAAAUCUUCCCCUCGCCAGAGAGAAGGGAGCGGGCGAGCGAGGCGCCGGACGAGCGGGAGCUGCCCGCGGCCACCAAGCGGAGCAGCACGAGCGCGGCCUGGAAGGAGCUGCAAGUUUACACAUACUUUAGAGCAAUGCUUUAUACAUGUCAAGCCAUGGAACUUUCAAAGGCCUCAAAGACACUUUUGUAAGGAACAAGUGCACAAUCUAGGUGGAUGUUGAAGCUGGCACGUCUUAGUCUUCACUGCGGUGCUAUGCUGUUUUUAUUGCCACUCGACGGGGGCGAGCGCCCGGCCUUCCCCCGUUGGUGCGUGCAAACGAUGAUUUCCUAUGGGAAAGGCAUUAAAAGAAACGGCUGGAGGGGGUUACUUUGUGAAAAGCAGAAACUGAAGUUAGCUUUAGUUUAAGGAAAAGGAAAAAAAAAAAAGUGUGAGAGUGUAUGUGUGUGUGAGUGUGUGUGUGUGUGUGUGCGUGUUCCAAGAAUAACAACAGCGUCUACCAGACAAAGUAGAGCGAAACGUUUCCAAUUAAACACCGCGACUUGGGGGGCUGCCACACCUUUUGGUAUUAAGAUUGCUGGAAAACUGCAUUCCAGGCUUUAAAAGAGAAUGGGUUCUCUGUAAUUAGGCUUUGAAAAACGAUGGGGUUUCUAAAUAUUAAUGCAAGCAGCUCAUGCCAAUUCCUUUCUGCAACUCACACCAGAAGCGUUGGCUCCGGUUCCCUGCGCUGCUGCUUUGCAUCACUGGUGAGGAGGGGAGGAGGCCUUGCAGAGAUGAGGCAGUGACAGGCAGAAAGGCUGUUCCUUGUCCAGGGAAACCUGUGGCAGAGCCAGGAUUGGAUGGGGCAAGAGGCCAGGCUGGAUGGGGCUCUGAGCAACCUGGUCUAGUGGAAGGUGUCCCUGCACCAUGGCAGGGGUUGGAACUGGAUGAUGUCACUUCCAAAACAAAACCUUCCAUAAUGCUCUGAUAAGGAAACUCUUCUAUGUUCACACAUGAAGCAUAAAUGAAUUACCCUUCUGAAAAAAAAAAUAGAAAACCCACAAAAACACUGGCAGAGGGUUUACAAAGGUGACCACACAAACCUUGUGCUUCUGGGCCUCCCUGAAGCAUCACUCGGGAGUGCAGCGCACCGUGACGGCAAUUGAAACCUUACUUUCAAUUCUGGAAGAACAGCCAGCGGUGAGAUUGCAGCCUUUAUCUGGACAAGCAAAAUGCUGUUUUCACCAUCUCUUUGUGCUUUGGGGUCUUUAACAUGGGAAUUAUUUCAAGCUCCUAAUUGGAUUUUUAGCUGGAUAAGAGAUAGUACUGAUUAUUGACAUUUACUGAUAAAAUUUGGUAGCUGAAGUAAAAGGAUUAAAUAAGGACCAAAUUAAGCUACAGCAAAUCAUUUAGCCCAAGGAUUUUUAGGGGCUCUGAGCAACUGUCUGUUUUCUUUUUAAUUUCCCUGGUAAGUGGUUUGGGUUUGUUUUUUUUUUCUGUGUACCUUCUUUUAAUUAAAAAGAAUUCAACAACAGCGGCACUAUGAGGCCUCUGGGCACUACAGGAAGAAACAUUAAUUCCUCCAAGACCAGCUCUGCAGUUUUGCAGCAAAGGUUAAAAGGUGGCAGCCCUGAAAUUAGUGGGGGGGGGGGGGGGAAAUAUUUAGCCUGAAUUGCAAACAGGCUGGAGUGGAGAAAAAGCUUUCUAGAAACGGAUUGAGUUUUGCUUUGCGUUCUGCUUUUCUGGUUUGCAAUCAAGGCACAUGUGAGCAGCCAGUCUGGUAGUAAAGACAGAUUAAGUAAAACAGGUUUUACUGUUUAGCUCAAUUCAAUUAAACACAAAUGUACAUAAAAUGUUAAUCAUAUGAGAUUAACAUAUUUAAGUAUAACACGGAGGGGCAUAUACAUAGCUAUUAUAGACAAGCACUUGACUACCAACUUAACCCCUCCUUUACUUUUUUAUUUUCCAAGGCUCCAUCUGCCAUAAAGCCACAACCACGUUCAGUCUCUGUGUCUGACACUCCCUCUGUGUGGGCAGGAGCCGGGGGACAGCCCCUGCAGGGGCUGUGCUGGGAGGCAGGGUUUAUUUUUAAAUGAUAUUAUAUGCAGUCGAGUGUUGAAAAUGUUGAAUCAGUCCAAUUUGUUUUCACUCUGUAUUAGUUUUAGUUUCAGGCAUAGCCGAUCCCCAUUCAGGUGCUAUCAGAUGACCAGUUACUGCUUAGUUAACUAGAUGUAAAGUUUUACAUAUAUAUUAAUGUCAAUAGUUUUAUUACAAGUUGUGUAAAAUGGACUCUCUAGUUUAAAAAAAAGGAAAAAAAACGGAAAAAAAUUAGGUCUCUCCUGAAAUUGACUUUAGAGCAUGGAAAAUGAUUUUACUGGAUUCUGUUCAACUGUAAUCAAGGAAAAAAAUAUGUAUGUUGUAGAAAAAGUUGCAGAAUUAAAAAAAAAAUCUGCUUUUAAUUUAUUCUUUUUGUAUUAAGAAUUUGUAUAGUAACCUUUACAUUUUGCAAAACGGUGUUGUCAACACUUCCUUAUUAAAGCAUUUUCAAAAUGAAA